AGGAAUUCCGAAGCAAACGACCACGACGGGGAGCUAUGAUGUCGUCAUCUGUUGAGUGAGUUCCGAGCUUCGUGUUGUGUUUGGGUAUGGCCGUCAAAAUCUGAAGGCCGAUAUGAGCCGAGUGGUGAAGAACCAGAACCAGAACCAGAGCCCGAGGCCCUAAUUUCUACCGUUGGGUCGCCGGAGAUGGAGACGCCGCCUGAACAAGUUUCAGUGCAAGAAAUUAAGCAGAGAAAGUGGAAGAGAAAAGGCACUUCAUGUUCAUCCUCCUCGGCUCGUAUAAACAAUUUGGACGAUGGCUGUCUAAUGCAUAUAUUCAGCUUCCUUUCCCCCAUACCAGAUCGGUAUAACACCGCCCUCGUUUGCCACAGAUGGCGUUACUUGGCAUGUCAUCCUCGGCUGUGGCUGCGGGUAGAACGAUCUAUUAAAGAUUUAUCUGAGUCUGGAGUUUUCCCAACUAUUGAGGCAGCUGUUGCUGCUGCAAGGCCUGGUGACACCAUACUAAUUGCAACAGGUGGAGUUCAUUCUGCCUCUAACAUUCAAAUAACAAAACCACUUUGCCUGAUUGGUGGAGGUGAGCUUCCUGAGGAGACAACGCUUUUCUGCACUCGUGGUUCGGAAAGUGCUUUGGAGUUCCUGUGUACCAGUAAACUUUCAAAUUUAACAGUGAAGGCAGAACUUGGUUGCUGCUUGCUUCACAGGAAGGGAAGAUUAAUUAUAGAUGGAUGUGUCCUUCAAUGUGAGUCAAACCCUUUGGAUUACCUAUCAUGCCCCAUUGUUUGUUCAGCGAAUCCCGAUAAGUUAUUGCCUUCCUCGGUGAAGGGUGGCUAUACAGAUGGCGUUUCUGUUUCGCAAACCCGCAUUGAGGGUGGUGCUAAAGCUGUCCUAACAAGCGAGGACCUGGCAUUACAGCACGUUCGAGUUAUUUAUGCUCGAACGGCUCUGUUCUUUUGGUUUGAUGUCGAAUACAACUUGUAAUAGUGCCCUCCUGUAAUCUAUUAACAAUGUGCAUCUGUUUCAACUUGUUAAUCCUUUAGAUCUGUUGUUAUAUUGGUGAUUAUUUAACUUGAAUGAUGCCUCUGUUUAGGCCUUUGUCAUAAUCUCUUUCGCUUUCUAGAACUUUCGUGAUCUCUUUAUUUUUAACUGGUAACGAUCGGAACUCUAUUUUAUGUAACCAUUUUGAGGCU